CUGAAGAUGAAUGACUGAGCUGGUAUUAGUCCAUGUCUUUAUUAUUCCACUGUGGGUAAUGCCUAUGUUUACAGUUUACACAUCGAAAACGUUGAUGCCGUUUAAAACACGCGCAUGCGCGUUUAAUCAACGUAGAGACAGCCAGACGGCCAAUUAAGGUUCCGAGCUAUUCCUGUGUAAGCCUAUUGUGCAGGAGUUGUGUAUCAUGAGUCCAUCACAUCCAUACGUGAGCGUUAGGGUGAUUCUACAGCACCUCGGGAAUUCUGGACCAGCGCAGUCCCGUGCGUGAAAGUGCGCCGGUAUCGUUUUGAGGCAUGAGGCGGUUCCUGAAGAGGACCAAUUGAAAAUAACGAGCAAAGGGAGGAGGAAGAGUCCGAAGUGGGAGGGCGGUGUGAGUUGGGACAUGUCCUGCAGCGCUGUCAGCGCUUGUGUUUUCUAAACCAUGAUAACCAGACGCGAGUCGUGAGUUUCAGUGAUCCUACAUCCUUACGCGCAGUCGGGACGCGGCACCUGACACUUCAACAGCCGCAUCUCCAUCAGUUCCUUCUUCUUCUUCUCCACCUACAUCCGUACACCGAGUCUGGGAGAUGAAAGUGUAGGAGCUGCGGACUUCACAGCUGUUCUGCAGAAGUGAAGAUGUAUCAGGGCCACUCUCAGGGGAAAGACUCGAGGGUGGUUGGCAUGAUGCUGAAGGAGUUCCCACGUAAGGCCUCCUCAGAUGGAAACCCCCUCCUCACCGUCACAACCAAGCUGGGUAGCGAGCACCAAGAGAGCCGGCCGUUGCUGAGUCCCUCCAUCGACGACUUCCAGAGCGAGAGCAAGAGUGAUGGAGCCACACGACCGGUCACCUCUAACACAGCAGUCAUCUCGACAGCGCUGGACCUUGUGGACCUGAGCGAGCCGUGUGAGAGGAGGUGGAGUUGGGACCGUCGCAGCCCUCGAGGCUCUUUCAAGAACAGCCUCCGCAGGAAGAAGACGGAUGAGACGGAGCUGAUCCAGGUGGAGGCCGAGCAGCUCUCACCUGGACACCUGAACCCUGAGAGAGCUUCACUAGACUCAAUGAGUAGCUCACCCCGGGACAGAUGGGAUGACGUGAGCCUUCACCCCGACAGCGCCCGGAACAGAGGGAUGAAGUGGAGGUAUGAGAGGAAGAGGUGCACCUCACAUCACUCUUCCAGUGAGCUGCUCUGGUCUGCUGAUUUCAAAAGCAACCUCUCGAACAAACACACGCUAGAGCUAAGCAGGAGCAUGGAGUCUGACCCCGGGCCAACGUCACAGCGGCCCAAGCUGAGACUGGGAAGCUCUCUGUUCGGCAGGCAGCACUCUCUGGAGGAGGAGUUUGUACGAGCCAAAGCUGCUGUGGAGUCAGACACCGAGUUCUGGGACAAGAUGCAGGCAGAGUUGGAAGAACUUGCUCGACGAAACUGGCUGGAGGAUUUGGAGAGCAAAGGCAAGAUACCACCCAACCUUUCGGCCAACGAAACGGGUUACUUUUUCCACACGAACAACCCGUUUAAAGACUGGCCAAAUGCAUUUGAAGAAGGACUGCAGAAAUCCAGAGAGGGCGACUUAAACAGUGCCGUCCAGCUGCUGGAGGCAGCCAUCUUACAGGACCCUCAGGACUCCGAGGCAUGGCAAGUGCUGGGCACCACGCAGGCGGAGAACGAGAACGAGCAGGCCGCCAUCGUCUGCCUUCAGAGGUGUCUGGAGCUGCAGCCGAAUAACCUGAGCGCUCUCAUGGCACUGGCGGUGAGUUUGACUAACGCAGGACGGCAGCAAGAGGCAUGUGAGGCUCUGCACCGCUGGAUCACACACAACCCUACCUACACACACCUCCUACAGGAGCGCAGCGCUCUGGACGGCUCACCACUGCCCCAACGCAGGGGCUCCAACGUCUCCCCCACCCCCACUCUCGGAUGCUCUCAGCUGGUGGAGGUGUUGGAGCUUUAUCAGGAAGCUGUGCAUCAAAACCCUGGAUGUGUGGACCCUGACCUGCAGACGGGACUCGGUGUGCUCUUUAACCUCAGCUCUGAGUUUGAUAAGGCUGUGGAUUCCUUUAAUGCAGCUCUGUCUGUACGGCCUGAGGACUAUCUACUGUGGAACCGGCUGGGGGCAACUCUGGCUAACGGAGACCGCAGCGAGGAGGCUGUUGAGGCUUACACCCGAGCUCUGGAGCUGCAGCCCGGCUUUAUCCGUUCCAGAUACAACCUUGGGAUCAGCUGCAUCAACCUGGGAGCACACAGGGAAGCGGUGAGUAAUUUCCUGACAGCUCUAAACCAGCAGAGGAAAAGCAGAAGUCAUCAGGUGAUGUCCAGCAGCAUCUGGGGGGCUCUACGCAUUGCUCUGUCACUCAUGGACCUCCCUGAGCUUUUCCACGCCGCCAGCAUCGGUGAUCUCGACCUCCUCAUGCAGGCUUUCAAUAUAGACAUGUAAUCCUGGACAUAUGAAUCCACAGAUGUCCACUAAAGUAAUGAGCACAGCAACAACGUUGGGCCAAGAAAGAAAAUUCUGAGAAAAGAUGUUCGACACACACCAAGAGCUUUUGGUGUGAUUUAUUUAUUUGUAUUUCUGCUGGUGUUGCUAUGGAUUUGCAAUUUCACUGAAGAGGGUUUAAGAGAUGCUGAAGUGUGUGUCUGAGAGCGAGAGCGAGCGAGCGAGCGAGAGAGAGAGAGAGAGAGAGAGAGAGAGAGAGAGAGAGAGAGAGAA